UUUUUUGUGGUUGGAGCUUGAAACCAUAAAACGCUACGGAUUCUCGCAAUGAACUAUGAUUUCCAGUCAUAGAUUAUAGCUAGGAGGAAUAAGCAAUAACAGUAAUAAGAGUAGUAAUUAAUUAGUAGGUUAAUUAGAGAAGAAGAGAGCUAUUCAUCUUUAAAUAUAUUCAGUUCAUAUAUUUUUAUAUCCCCUCAAAAAAAAAAAAAAAGGAAACAAAAAAGAAGAAGAUGGAGCCUCUAUGUGUGUUCUGUGGGGUGGAAAGGGCAGUUGUCUACUGUAGAUCGGAUAUGGCUCGCCUUUGCUUUCACUGUGAUGGAUGUGUGCACUCAGCGAACGGUUUAUCACGCAGGCACCCUCGUUCCCUUCUAUGCGACAAGUGCAAUGCUCAGCCUGCUAUUGUACGAUGUACAGAUGAGAAGAUGUCAUUAUGUCAAAGCUGUGAUCACUGGAAUCAUAACAAUAAUAGUAUUAAUGGAACCACUACUGCUUCAGCAGUAGGUGGGAUGGGGGGACAUAGGACUCAUGCAUUGACUUGCUACACGGGUUGCCCUAGUUUGUCUCAGUUUUCGAGAAUUUGGUCUUCGUUUCUUGAAGGAUCUUCUUCUUCAGGUGGUAAUUUUGAAAGUAGUAACUGGGAGUCACUUGGAUCAGCUGUAGUGGCAAUAAAUCAGGAUCAGACUUGCAUUAGUAAUAAUGGUUUGGAAGGUAGAGAUAGUAAUGAAAGACCAUUUGGGUUGGUUGUGACUGCUGGCAAUUUGAAUGGAGGAUCAUCAUUAGAUCAGUCUUGUGGCCGCAAGUUUGAUCCUUGGUUAGCUAGUAGUUCUACUUUGAUUCCAUCGAAUCCGAUUUGCAUGCCUUACGGUAAAGAUCAAACACCUUUCUUGCCUCAGGAGUCUAGCCUGCCAAAGGGAUAUAACAAUUUCAAAGAUCUUGCAAUUCAGGAUAGCAAUGUUCUAUGUGAUGGCCUCAACAUUGAUGAUGUUCCAAUGAACUUCGAAAAUCCUGAUGGGAUAUUCUGUCCACGAGUUCCUUCCAGAUACCAGUUUGAGGAUGGAGAAAUGGAUUGCCUGUUAAUGGAGAAAAACAUACCAGUCACUGAGUCUAAUGGUCCUAACGAGAAUGCUGCACAGGCAUCAUCAUCAGGCCAACGAGACUGUGUGGCUUUUCGAUCCUCUUGUGGAUCAGAUACUGUGCUGCCAGGCAUGAAUGGUAGUGCAAACUGCUUACUCAUGAAUCCUACUUGUAGCAGAAGCAUCAACCUUGGAUUUCCUACCACGCAACAAGUUCAUCCGAGCAUGUCACAUUCACUGUCCAGCAUCAGCAGGGAAUGCAAUCCUGAUUACCAAGAUCGUGGAUUGUCACCAGUCUUUCUGGCCGGAGAGCCUUGGGAGUCAACUUUGGAGGCUAGCAGUCCACAAGCAAGGGACAAAGCAAAGAUGAGAUACAAGGAGAAAAAGAAAACUCGCACGUUUGGUAAACAAAUAAGAUAUGCCUCUAGGAAGGCCAGAGCUGAUACUAGAAAACGCGUCAAAGGAAGAUUUAUUAAGGCUGGCGAAGAAUAUGAUUACGAUCCACUUGUGACAAGGAGCUUCUGAGGCAUAUAUCAGCAGAAAAACUCUCUCUUCUUCAGCUGCAAGGCAAGGCCUUAUUGGCUAAAAUAGUCUACCUGCAUCCAUGCUCGCAUCACGUUCCUAGUACUGACAUGACUGUGAUUCAUAGAACAAUAAACCCCACUUUUUUUCUAUGAAUUUUCUUUCAUUGCAUAUAUAUUCUGAACUCAAUCAUGUUUUCAAUAAUGAUUCUUUUGAGUCA